AUGGCGUCCAGUAAAAUAACAUUGAAAAAUGAUAAUAAGCGUGGUAAAGAUGUCGGACUUGAUCUUUAUAGUUUUGCUUUACGAACUAGAUUAAUGAAAACCGAAGAAGCUAUUGGUGUCAUUAAUGCAAGAGAAGAGAAAAUAUUGAGACAAGUGACAGACAGCAUUGACAAAUUAGCAAAGAAGUCGUUAGAAAAGUAUCGUUUUGACUAUAAUGCAAUAUUGAAAAUAUCAGAAGAAAGCAGGCGUCGUAAUCAAAUAUUCGCUGAUAAAUUACGCACAUACAAAGAAGAAGAAGAGCGUGUAAGAGUUUUGAGGCAAGCAAAGAAGAUGAAAGAGAAACGUCGCUUUUUAGAUGAUGAUUAUUUACAUUUACAGGCUAACUGCUUAAGCGCUAUCAUAUUAUUAUUUUCACCUUUAGCUCACAUAGGCGGUGAUAAAUUCACUUUUAACUGUGAUAAUAUGAUUAGCGGUAACAUUUUCUAG